UGUCUAGUCUCUCUGUAGGGGUGUACACGGAUUGACCACUCCUUUGGGCUCAUUCUUUAACCCUUGGAUAUUUUGGGGGGAAGCUAAUCCAGAAACAUGACUGACGCACAACAGGAGGCCCGCUCCUACCUGAGCGAGGAAAUGCUGGCUGAGUUCAAAGCCGCCUUUGACUUGUUCGACACUGACGGUGGCGGUGACAUCAGCACCAAGGAGUUGGGUACCGUGAUGAGGAUGCUGGGCCAGAAUCCAACAAGAGAGGAGUUGGAUGAAAUCAUCGAGGAGGUAGAUGAGGAUGGUAGCGGUACCAUCGACUUCGAGGAGUUCUUGGUCAUGAUGGUGAGGCUGCUCAAGGAGGACCAGGCCGGCAAGAGCGAGGAAGAGUUGGCAGAGUGUUUCCGUGUGUUCGACAAGAACGGCGAUGGCUACAUUGACAGAGAUGAAUUCGCCUUAAUUAUCCGCAGCGGCGGUGAGCCCAUCACAGACGAUGAGAUCGAUGAGCUGUUGAAGGAUGGAGACAAAAACUCUGACGGCAUGCUGGACUUUGACGAAUUCCUCAAGAUGAUGGAGAAUGUGCAGUAAAACUUAUCAAACUCAUGGACAUUCCUGCACCCUCCUGUGAACCGUUUUCUGAUUACACCAUCCCUCCAUCUCUCUGACCCACUGCAAACAUCCAAAGAUACACCCCCUUGUCCACCUGGUUCACUGUCUCUCCUCUCCAUCCUUGUAGACAUCCUCAACAGACAGCUAGGACACCUUGCAGGGGGGUCGCGGGCUGAGCUACACUCAUCUCUGACUUGCUCAUGAUAGUAGACAGCAUGCUAUCAGCACUGCGCUGACACCGUACCUGUGACAGCAACGCUGCAGCAAGGAAAUUCACCCCAGACACCUUCUGCUGCAUGUAUGGCAUACAAUGUCUCGAGCAACCCCCUUCUGCUGGUAAAGCUCUGAUCUAGAUUUAGUCUAGAUAGACGGCAGCCUGUUAUCUGCUGCUUAGACCAAUUAUUUCAGACACUUCAUUGUACAAAGAAGUAAUUUGCUUAAAAGGAAUAAAUGAACUAACACAUG